UCCUUCUUUCUUUCUGCAAACGCUGAAAAAUGGCGGGAAUAUUUCGCGCCAUUGCUUGGCGCAGUUUUUUCCCUUCCAAAUCUUCUCUAUAUAAUCAAUCCAUCCCUCCUUUUUCCCCAUCCUUCAAACCCUUCUUCUGCAACUACCCACUCAAGCUUCAUCAUCCCUCAAUGGCUCAGGCAGACCCACAAAUCAACGGUUCCGAAGUCCAGGAGCCCUCCCCCAAGAUUCCCAAGCUCGAUCAGAACGGCGUCCAUGGAUUCUCCUACAAGGCCGCCGCCCCAUUCUUCAAGGUGAAGAAGCUUUCCGAGAAAGCUAUUCUGCCUUCGAGAGCCUCUCCUCUCUCCGCCGGUUAUGAUCUUUCUAGUGCGGCAGAGGUCCGAGUUCCAGCCAGAGGAAAGGCCUUCGUUCCAACAGACCUAAGCAUAGCAAUCCCAGAAGGCACAUAUGCUCGUAUUGCGCCGCGAUCUGGGCUGGCAUGGAAGAACUCGAUCGACGUUGGGGCGGGCGUGAUCGACGCCGACUACAGGGGCCCAGUCGGAGUCAUAUUGUUCAAUCACUCCGACUCCGAAUUCGAAGUGAAGGAAGGCGAUAGAAUCGCGCAGCUGAUCAUUGAGGUUAUCGUGACGCCUGACGUGGCGGAGGUCGCCGAUUUGGAUGAAACUACAAGGGGUGCUGGUGGGUUCGGUUCCACUGGCGUUUAGAGCUGCGCGAUAUUUUGGAAGCUCCAUCAAACUUAACAGAUCGAUCGUAGCAGCAGUGCCAUGUCUUUGGUUCUCACUUCUCAGUGGCUUUGUCGAACAUAUUUUGUGCGUGGACCAGCGCGAAAAUCUUAUGUAAAAGAAUGCACUGCCAAUGAUGAACCUACUCUUUAGGCGUUUUUUUCCCUUUGUUGAUAUGAAUGUGACGUGCAUUAAUGGCC